AUGAUGAUGGUGAUGAUUCUGAUCAUGUUAAUGAUUGUGAUGAUAAAGACGGCAUCAGCAUCGGCGCCUGGCCCUGAGAUGAAUAUUAAGCCUGGAGUUGAGACUGGCGUAGCCAAACGAACCCUGCACUUCUGCCACCAGCUGGGCUUCAGGGUCACAGAGAUUCCCUCCAACAUCUCCCGCAACACCGAAUGCCUGGAAGUUAAGCAGACGCAGAUCAGUGUGAUUCCCCAGGGCGCCCUCACCAGCCUGCAGCAUCUCAGGAAACUCACCAUAUUGGAGAACGAUAUGCUGAAGACCGUCGGCACUUUUGCCUUUGCCGGCCUCUCUCAGCUCAUUGCAAUCUACAUUGACGGGAAUGUUGCAUUGGAGAGUAUAGGAGCUUUGGCUUUCUCUGAUCUCCCUGAACUCCGUGAGAUAACCAUCAGAAGGUCUAAACACCUAAGACACAUCCAUCCAGAUGCUUUCAAGAACAUCGUGAAACUAGAGUAUCUGCUCAUCUCCUACACCGGACUAAGAAUGUUUCCAAACUUCACCAAGAUCCACUCCAAGGCGCACAGCGUUCUGGUUGACCUGCAAGAUAACAACCACAUAAAAAGAGUCCCCGCCAAUGCCUUCAGAGGCCUCUGCACUCAAUCUAUCAUCAUACGGCUCAACAGAAAUGGCAUCAAGGAGGUGGCAAGUGACGCCUUCAACGGCACAAAGAUGCACAGAUUGUAUCUGAGAGGAAACACACAGCUUACUCACAUCAAUCCCAACGCCUUUUUGGGUUCCAGUGAGUUGGUGGUACUGGACAUUUCUCACACUGCCCUCAGCUCCCUGCCAGACCACAUCCUCGGUGGACUCCAGGAGCUGAUCGCAGAGGCCGCCCACAAUCUGAAAAAACUUCCUCCUUUAGAGCUUUUCACCAAACUCCGCCAGGCCGACCUGACGUAUCCGUCACACUGUUGCCUCCUCCAAAACAUUAGCAGGAACAGAUCGAGUUGGCACACCCUGUGCUCUCACCCCGAGGCUCAGUAUAACCUUCAAUUCCAUAAAGACUACUGCUCCAACUCCACCUCCAUCACCUGCAGCCCAGCCCAAGAUGCCUUUAACCCCUGUGAGGACAUCAUGCCCUCGGUCCCCCUACGAGUCCUCAUCUGGAUCAUCUCUAUCCUUGCGCUGCUGGGGAACACAGCAGUACUUCUUGUCUUGUUAGGAAGCCGCUGCAAACUGACUGUUCCUCGUUUCCUGAUGUGCCACUUGGCCUUUUCUGACCUCUGCAUGGGCAUCUACCUGGUAAUCAUAGCAUCUGUGGACAUGCUUACUCGUAGCCAGUACUGCAGCUACGCCAUAUACUGGCAGACAGGCCUGGGCUGCAGUGUGGCAGGCUUCUUCACGGUGUUUGCCAGUGAGCUGUCAGUGUUCACAUUAACAGCAAUCACACUGGAGCGCUGGCACACAAUCACAAAUGCCUUGCGGCUGGACCGUAAACUUCGCCUGAGACAUGCAUGUAUUGUCAUGAUAGCAGGCUGGAUCUUCUCGUCUAUUGCCGCUUUGCUGCCCACAGUCGGGGUCAGCAGCUAUGAAAAGGUGAGUAUCUGCCUCCCUAUGGACGUGGAUGAUCUGGUGUCUCAGGUCUAUGUGGUGUCUCUCCUCCUCCUCAACAUCCUGGCUUUUUUCUGUGUGUGCGGCUGUUAUCUCAGCAUCUACCGGACCGUCCGCAACCCCUCAUCAGCGCCGGCACACGCCGACACAUGCGUCGCCAAACGCAUGGCCAUCCUCAUCUUCACUGACUUUGUCUGCAUUGCUCCCAUCUCGUUCUUUGCUGUGUCAGCUGCCCUCAAGCAACCUCUCAUCACCGUCUCAGACGCUAAAAUACUGCUGGUCCUCUUCUACCCAGUCAACUCCUGCUCCAACCCCUUCCUGUACGCCUUCUUCACCCGCACUUUCAGGCGGGAUUUCUUUCUCUUCACAGCUCGCUUUGGCCUGUUUAAAACCUGGGCGCAGAUUUACCGGACAGAGUGCUCCUGGACCUCUCCAAAGACCAGCCAUGUGACGCUGUACUCCUUGGCCAAUACAUUAAGUCUAGAUGGGAAACAAGAGUGCUGACUGUCAUUCAAAAAUCCACAGCUACAGACUUUUUGCAGGAUGUUAAUAUAUUUCUCUCCCCACAGACAUCCUUUUUCUCUUAGGCGAAUAUAUACAGUUCUGGUGAUCUCUCUCCUGAGGGAUCACAUCUCUCUCCUAAGAGAUCACCAGGUAUCCUACCAACGCCUUGUCAAAGUAUCUAAAGCAAAGCAUUUUUAUGAUAUCAUAGCCAAAAAUGCACAUAGCCCUAAAAUUGUGUUUAGUCCAAUACAUACUGCACUAAAUCAUGCUAUUGCACUCCCUGAUGCUACGUUUGAAAUCAAAGAACAAUUUUUGAGCUUUUUUGUCAAGGUUGACACUAUCAGAUAUACCGAUGACCCUUCUAAAUCAAUCCUAUGCCCUGCUUCUCUGAAUUGUUGUGUGCCUGUAGUCCUGUCAGCAUUGAUGGAUAUUGUAUCACACAUGAAACCUACCUAUUCAGCUUCAGAUAUUGUUCCCUCUCGUCUUUUGAAAGAGGUAUUUGAUACUCUUGGUCCCGGCCUCUUUUCUGUAUUAAAUAUCUCUCUUAUGAAUGGCACAGUCCCAUCUAGCUGUAGACAUGAUGUGGUUCAGCCUCUAAUUAAAAAACCCAACCUUGACCC